CCUACUCUGAAAAAUAGCGCGAGGGUUCUUCGCAAAAUCUUUUGGUGCGAUUUCUCUCUACGUUAGCUUGCGAACUACAUCGCCGUCUCGGACAUGGGAAAGAAGAAGGCAAACAAGGCUAAUGGCGAUGGCCAAUACUCUUCCCCCACCGUCUUCAUUUCUAACUUGCCUUUCUCCUUUAGCAACACUGAGCUAGAACAAACGUUCAGUGAAGUUGGCCCCAUCAGAAGAUGCUUUUUAGUAACAAAAAAAGGGUCUACUGAACACCGAGGUUUUGGCUUUGUGCAAUUUGCCUCAGUUGAAGACGCUGGUCGUGCUAUUGAACUCAAAAAUGGCUCAACAGUUGGAGGGAGAAAACUUGGUGUCAAGCAUGCAAUGCAUCGGGCUCCUCUUGAACAACGUCAAUCAAAGGGAAGUCAAGACAAGGCUUCUCAGGAAAGGGAUGGGGAUGGCCCUUUGCCUGUUGAAAUAGUCAAGCAUGAACAAGAUUCAAACUCUCAAGGAACAGGUAACCCCAGAAAAAGGAAAGCUACAGUACUUUGCAGUGGUAUGCCCGAUGAAAAGAAUUGUUCAGAAAAGCAGAGGGUUGCUAGGACAGUCAUAAUUGGAGGUAUUCUUAGUGCGAAUAUGGCAGCAGAAGUUCACCGUCUUGCCAAAGUGUGUGGCACAGUAUGUUCUGUUACUUAUCCUCUUCCCGAAGGAGAGCUUGAAUAUAAUGGGCUGGCUCAAGAUGGUUGUAAAAUGGGUGCUUCAUCAGUGCUUUAUACUAGUGUAAAAUCAGCUCAAAGUUGUGUUGCAACCUUACAUCAAAAAGAAAUACAUGGCGGGAUUAUUUGGGUGCGCCAACUUGGUGGAGAGGGUUCCAAGACUAAUAAAUGGAAACUAAUAGUGAGGAAUAUUCCUUUCAAGGCCACAGUGGAUGAGAUAAAGAGUAUGUUUUCAACUGUUGGCUUUUUAUGGGAUGUAUAUAUUCCUCAAAAUGCAGAGACAGGUUUGUCUAAGGGAUUUGCAUUUGUUAAAUUUACAUCCAAGCAAGAUGCAGAAAAGGCUAUUAAGACUUUCAAUGGAAAAACUUUUGGUAAAAGGCCUAUUGCUGUUGAUUGGGUUGUACCAAAAAAGGUUUAUGUUGCCGAUAGUCAAUCUACUCCAGCUUCAGAAAAUGUUCAGAACGAAAGUGACGGAGAUGAUGAUGAAAGUGUUGAUUUGGAAGAUCAGGAAAUGGAGAUUGACGGAGAAUCCCAACAAGCUCUUGGGAGCGACAGUGCCUCUGAAUUAGAAGAAGCAGAAGAAGAUGAGGAUGCAGAUGAUGAUGAUGAUGAUGAUAAGGACACCCAGCUCAAAGUUAAUAUUGAUAUGGAAGCAGACAUUGCAAGGAAAGUUCUUAAAAAUUUAAUUUCGUCUACUUCUAAGGGAACAGUUGCUUCUGCCAAUGAAUCUUCCAGCUUGCCCAAGGGAGAGAAGAGUGAAGUUAAUAGUGUACAUGACAAAUCCUCUGAUGCAUCUCAUGUGGGUGAAACACCACCAGAAGGUUCUAGUAAGAGUAAGGAGAAAACCUCCAGGCAGACUGAAGGAGCAGAUGAUCUGCGGCGAACAAUUUUCAUUAACAAUCUUCCUUUUGAUGUUGAUAAUGAAGAAGUGAAACAGCGUUUUUCUGCAUUUGGUGAAGUGGAGUCCUUUGUUCAAGUUCUUCACCAAGUCACCAAGCGACCCAGAGGGACUGGGUUUCUGAAAUUUAAAACCGUAGAUGCUGCUGAAGCUGCACUUUUGGCUGCCAACACAGCAGCUGGUUUGGGUAUAUUUCUGAAGGGUAGGCAAUUAAAGGUUUUAAAGGCUGUUGACAGAAAAACAGCUCAGGACAAGGAGUUGGAGAAAACCAAAAAGGAUGAUCAUGACCAUCGCAACCUUUACCUUGCCAAGGAAGGACUUGUUUUGGAGGGAACUCCUGCUGCUGAGGGUGUUUCGGCAAAUGAUAUGUCUAAGCGCAAGAUGUAAGACCAAUUGUUUC